GCUUUAGUUGAUACUUUGUUUCAUAUUAGUGCAUUUCUUUGCAGAGGUUACCUCUUUUUCUUGUCUCUCGUCAGGUCUCUGACAUUGACAGAGCCUGGACGUUGGAGGAAGCCCCAGGACGUUGGAGGAGUAAAGUAAAAGUCCACAGUUACCGUGAGAGAAAAAAGAGGGAGAAAGCAGUGCAGCCAAACUCAGAAGAAAAGAGAGGAGGAAAAGGACUCGACUUUCACAUUGUAACAACCUUCUUUCCAGUGCUAAAGGAUCUCUGAUCUGGGGAACAACACCCUGGACAUGGCUCCAGAGAUCAACUUGCCGGGCCCAAUGAGCCUCAUUGAUAACACUAAAGGGCAGCUGGUGGUGAAUCCAGAAGCUCUGAAGAUCCUAUCUGCAAUUACGCAGCCUGUGGUGGUGGUGGCGAUUGUGGGCCUCUAUCGCACAGGCAAAUCCUACCUGAUGAACAAGCUGGCUGGGAAGAAAAACGGCUUCUCUCUAGGCUCCACAGUGAAGUCUCACACCAAGGGAAUCUGGAUGUGGUGUGUGCCUCAUCCCAAGAAGCCAGAACACACCCUAGUUCUGCUCGACACUGAGGGCCUGGGAGAUAUAGAGAAGGGUGACAAUGAGAAUGACUCCUGGAUCUUUGCCUUGGCCAUCCUCCUGAGCAGCACCUUCGUGUACAAUAGCAUGGGAACCAUCAACCAGCAGGCCAUGGACCAACUUCACUAUGUGACAGAGCUGACAGAUCGAAUCAAGGCAAACUCCUCACCUGGUAAUAAUUCUGUAGACGACUCGGCUGACUUUGUGAGCUUUUUUCCAGCAUUUGUGUGGACUCUCAGAGAUUUCACCCUGGAACUGGAAGUAGAUGGAGAACCCAUCACUGCUGAUGACUACUUGGAGCUUUCGCUAAAGCUAAGAAAAGGUACUGAUAAAAAAAGUAAAAGCUUUAACGAUCCUCGGUUGUGCAUCCGAAAGUUCUUCCCCAAGAGGAAGUGCUUCGUCUUCGAUUGGCCCGCUCCUAAGAAGUACCUUGCUCACCUAGAGCAGCUAAAGGAGGAAGAGCUGAACCCUGAUUUCAUAGAACAAGUUGCAGAAUUUUGUUCCUACAUCCUCAGCCAUUCCAAUGUCAAGACUCUUUCAGGUGGCAUUCCAGUCAAUGGGCCUCGUCUAGAGAGCCUGGUGCUGACCUACGUCAAUGCCAUCAGCAGUGGGGAUCUACCCUGCAUGGAGAACGCAGUCCUGGCCUUGGCCCAGAUAGAGAACUCAGCCGCAGUGGAAAAGGCUAUUGCCCACUAUGAACAGCAGAUGGGCCAGAAGGUGCAGCUGCCCACGGAAACCCUCCAGGAGCUGCUGGACCUGCACAGGGACAGUGAGAGAGAGGCCAUUGAAGUCUUCAUGAAGAACUCUUUCAAGGAUGUGGACCAAAUGUUCCAGAGGAAAUUAGGGGCCCAGUUGGAAGCAAGGCGAGAUGACUUUUGUAAGCAGAAUUCCAAAGCAUCGUCAGAUUGUUGCAUGGCUUUACUUCAGGAUAUAUUUGGCCCUUUAGAAGAAGAUGUCAAGCAGGGAACAUUUUCUAAACCAGGAGGUUACCGUCUCUUUACUCAGAAGCUGCAGGAGCUGAAGAAUAAGUACUACCAGGUGCCAAGGAAGGGGAUACAGGCCAAAGAGGUGCUGAAAAAAUAUUUGGAGUCCAAGGAGGAUGUGGCUGAUGCACUUCUACAGACUGAUCAGUCACUCUCAGAAAAGGAAAAAGCGAUUGAAGUGGAACGUAUAAAGGCUGAAUCUGCAGAAGCUGCAAAGAAAAUGUUGGAGGAAAUACAAAAGAAGAAUGAGGAGAUGAUGGAACAGAAAGAGAAGAGUUAUCAGGAACAUGUGAAACAAUUGACUGAGAAGAUGGAGAGGGACAGGGCCCAGUUAAUGGCAGAGCAAGAGAAGACCCUCGCUCUUAAACUUCAGGAACAGGAACGCCUUCUCAAGGAGGGAUUCGAGAAUGAGAGCAAGAGACUUCAAAAAGACAUAUGGGAUAUCCAGAUGAGAAGCAAAUCUUUGGAGCCAAUAUGUAACAUACUCUAAAAGUCCAAGGAGCAAAAUUUGCCUGUCCAGCUCCCCCUCCCCAAGAAACAACAUGAAUGAGCAACUUCAGAGUGUCAAACAACUGCCAUUAAACUUAACUCAAAAUCA